CCAGGCCCAGAUUACACAGCCAAAGGUCAGGCAGGAAUGGCAGAAUAUAUAGUCAAAUUUUGUCCAGAGUUCCCAAUUCCUGAUCUGAUGGACAUCAAUGUGGGAAAACCAUCUCCCAAACUGGACCUUUUCUAUCCCAAACUGCCACCCAUAGGACCAGCUGGGUAUGAUGGCACCGUACAUCAGGGCAGCUACGAUAAGUAUCGUGAAGCUGUCAGACGGAGGCAGCUCAAGAAAAAUCCCAACCAAGAGUACAGGGUGCCAGUGACCUGUGCACAGGAUAUCGGCUGGUGGUUGCCUCUUGAUCCCUCAGUCAAACCAGAAGACGCCAUACCAUGGAUGAGGACCCCAAGAUACCCUCAGCUGAGGAGUCCCAUGACAAAAUUUGUAGACAGAAUGGGUAUCAGCAACCCUCUUUUCACCAUGUUCUGAGGGAUUCCUGGAGAACUGUAAUGGGAGACAUGACGGAUUCCGUGUGGCAGUAGAUACAAUGGCUGCACUGCAACUGCUGUCACAUUAAGGCCAGGCACAUCUCUGGUACUAAUAAAGAGAGACUCAAGAUGUCAUUUAUA